CACUUUUCAGCUGAUUUUUGAUCUUUCAUUAAACUGUAAAAAUGUGUUUAGUUGGAGAAGAGUUUAGUUUGGUUAGGGUUAACUGUAACAGUUAUCAACUCAUUACCCUAACAGCCACCAUUUUCAGGAUCACCAGCUGCUCUAACAACAGGAGCUAACCAAUGCUAAUUAUGCUAACCAUAAUGGAGCUGUUUCCAAAUCAAUAUUUGAGAAAUGAAAUGUAGCUCUGCUGACAAAGUGAGACAGGACUGGAGGUGAUCUGUUAGUGUGAGGACGAGAAAUGACUCAUCAAACAUUACUGAAACUCACUUAUUAUUCAUAUUUCAAACACACAACUCAUGAAAGUCUCGAAUAUUUAUUCUGUACUGCAGUAAAAGUACUAACACACACUGUCAAAGCCUACUGCGUUAGUACAAGUUAAGUUCUACUUUGCAGAUAAUAGGCCUACUUAGUUAAAAGUACACAAGUAUUAUCAGCUAAAUGUAUUUAGUCUAUCAAAGUAAAAGUACAGAACUAUUGUCAGCUAAAGUCAUCAGUUCCACUUCCCUUCUUCUACUUCCCCUCAGCCCUAGAUAUUAUGUAACAGCCUAUUUCUUUUUUACAGUCAUGAGCAGCAGAGAGUUGAUGUUGCUGAUCUUUAUCUCAUUAGAUGGUCAGUUAGCUCCAUCUAGUGGACAGGUAGUAGAAGUCCAUCAUCUGAUUGGGGACAGCUUAAAUCAUCAGUGAUAAUUUGAAGGAUGUGUCAGAACUUGUCAGACUACUUAGAUCCACCUGGCGUCAUGUAUUGUAUUCAAACCACGGCCAUCUUCCAACUACUGAGACAGACUUGGUCUGUGUGUGUCUGAAGGAAAGAGCAGCUGAUUCUCUGUUUUCUACAGUAUCUGUGACAUGUUAGAGAGGAAUGAGAGACUAAUGUGUCCUGUGAUGAAAAGCUUGUUAUAGUGACAGAGGUCAUGUCUCCCAGCAGGUGAGGACUCUGCUAUGAGUCAGUGUGAGGACAGAGAGGAGGGAGCCCCUCCCUCUAAAACCACUCUGUGUGGGGACCAUGACAGCCAGACCAAAGCUCAAAGGAUGCAGCAACAGAAACCUGGACCUGAACAACCCAGCUGUGUGUCCAUGAAGAGUGACUGGUCUAUGGGUCGUCCUAUUAACUUUAAAGAUGAACAAGCUGCUGAUGGAAGGAUGCAGCAACAGAAAGCAGGACCUGAACCCAGCUGUGUGUCCAUGAAGAGUGACUGGUCUAUGGAUCGUCCUAUUCACUUUAGAGAUGGACAACCUGUUGAUGAAAGUCUGCAGCAAAGACCUGAACCAGGACCUGAACCCAGCUGUGUGUCCAUGAAGAGUGACUGGUCUAUGGAUCGUCCUAUUAAAUUUAAAGAUGGACAAACUGCUGAUGGAAGAGAUCAAUUGGAGAGCUCAGAGGGCCUCGAUGGUCAGUCUGCCCAGCUGCAUCAAACAGACCUGGACUCCAUAUUUAUGUUGCUGGAGGAGAACAUCGUCACCUUUGUGAAGAACGAACUGAAAAAGAUCCAGAAGGUUCUGAAUCCAGUUUACCCAGAAUUCUUAGAGAGUCAGAAGAAGGCUGAGGAUGUGUUCGACGGUGAGGAUGAAGAGCAGAGAAGGAGCAACAGAGAAGCAUUUCUAAAGAUCACACUGCACUUCCUGAGGAGAAUGGAGCAGGAGGAGCUGGCUGACCGUCUGCAGAGCAGUUGUUCAGAAACUCGUGUUGCAGUAUGCUGCCCUAAAUUCAAGUCCAACCUGGAGAAGAAGUUCCAUUGUGUGUUUGAGGGGAUUGCUAAAGCAGAAAACUCAACUGUUCUGAAUAAGAUUUACACUGCAAUCUAUAUCACAGAUGAAGGGGCUGCAGAGGUCAAUGAAGAACAUGAGGUCAGACAGAUUGAAACAGCAUCCAGGAAACCAGACAGACCAGACACAACAAUCAGACAAGAAGACAUCUUUAAAACCCCCCCUGGAAGAGAUGAACCAAUCAGAACAGUGAUGACAAAGGGAGUGGCUGGCAUCGGGAAAACAGUCUUAACACAGAAGUUCACUCUGGACUGGGCUGAAGGCAAAGCCAACCAGGACAUCCAGUUCAUAUUUCCAUUCACUUUCAGAGAGCUGAAUGUGCUGGAAGAGAAAAAGUUCAGCUUGGUGGGACUUGUUGAUCACUUCUUCAGUGAAACCAAAGAAGCAGGAAUCUGCAGGUUUGAAGAGUUCCAGGUUGUGUUCAUCUUUGACGGUCUGGAUGAGUGUCGGCUUCCUCUAGACUUCCACAACACUGAGAUCCUGACUGAUGUUACAGUGUCCACCUCAGUGGAUGUUCUGCUGACAAACCUCAUCAGGGGGAAACUGUUUCCCUCUGCUCACCUGUGGAUAACCACACGACCUGCAGCAGCCAAUCAGAUCCCUGCUGAGUGUGUUGACAUGGUGACAGAGGUCAGAGGGUUCACUGACCCACAGAAGGAGGAGUACUUCAGUAAGAGAUUCAGAGACAAGAAGCAGGCAAGCAGAAUAAUUUCCCAUAUCAAGACAUCACGAAGUCUCCACAUCAUGUGCCACAUCCCAGUCUUCUGCUGGAUCACUGCUACAGUUCUGGAGAAGGUGUUGAAGACCAGAGUGGGAGGAGAGCUGCCCAAGACCCUGACUGAGAUGUACAUCCACUUCCUGGUGGUUCAGUCCAAACUGAAAAAUGUCAAGUAUCAUGGAGGUGCUGAGACAGAUCCACACUGGAGUCCAGAGAGCAGGAAGAUGAUUGAGUCUCUGGGAAAACUGGCUUUUGAGCAGCUGCAGAAAGGCAACCUGAUCUUCUAUGAAUCCGAUCUGACAGAGUGUGGCAUCGAUAUCAGAGAAGCCUCAGUGUACUCAGGAGUGUUCACACAGAUCUUUAAAGAGGAGAGAGGACUGUAUCAGGACAAGGUGUUCUGCUUCGUCCAUCUGAGUGUUCAGGAGUUUCUGGCUGCUCUUCAUGUCCAUCUGACAUUCAUCAACUCUGGAGUCAACCUGCUGUCAGAAGAUCAAUCAACAUCCCUGCUGCCUAAUGCCUUCAGUGUCAAACCUAAAGUAAAACGUCUCUAUCAGAGUGCUGUGGACAAGGCCAUAGAGAGUCCAAAGGGACACCUGGACCUGUUCCUCCGCUUCCUCCUUGGUCUGUCACUGCAGACAAAUCAGACUCUCCUACGAGGUCUGAUCACACAGAGAGUAAGUAGCUCACAGACCAAAAAGGAAACAGUCAAGUACAUCAAGAUGAAGAUCAGUGAGAAUCUGUCUGCAGAGAGAAGCAUCAAUCUGUUCCACUGUCUGAAUGAACUGAAUGAUCGUUCUCUAGUGGAGGAGAUCCAACAGUCCCUGAGUUCAGGAAGUCUCUCCACAGAUAAACUGUCUCCUGCUCAGUGGUCAGCUCUGGUCUUCAUCUUACUGUCAUCAGAAAAAUAUCUGGAUUUGUUUGACCUGAAGAAAUACUCUGCUUCAGAGGAGGCUCUUCUGAAGCUGCUGCCAGUGGUCAAAGCCUCCAAAAAAGCUCUACUGAGUGGCUGUAACUUGUCAGAGAGAAGCUGUGAAGCUCUUUCCUUAGUUCUCAGCUCCCAGUCCUCUUGUCUGAGAGAGCUGGACCUGAGUAACAAUGACCUACAGGAUUUAGGAAUGAAGCAUCUGUCCUCUGGAUUGGAGAGUCCACACUGCAGACUGGAAACUCUAAGGUUGAGUGGCUGUACAUUGUCAGAGAGAAGAUGUGAAGCUCUGCCCUCAGUUCUCAGCUCACAUUCCUCUAGUCUGAGAGAGCUGGACCUGAGUAACAACAAGCUGCAGGAUUCAGGAGUGAUGCUGGUGUCUCCUGGAUUGAAGAGCCCACACUGCAGACUGGAAACACUUAGACUGAAUGGCUGUGACCUUUCAGAUAGAAGCUGUGAAGCUCUGUCCUCAGUUCUCAGCUCCCAGUCCUCUAGUCUGAGAGAGCUGGACCUGAGUAACAACAAGCUGCAGGAUUCAGGAGUGAAGCUGGUGUCUACUGGAUUGAAGAGUCCACACUGCAGACUGGAAACACUUAGACUGAGUGGCUGUGACCUUUCAAAGAGAAGCUGUGAAGCUCUGUCCUCAGUUCUCAGCUCCCAGUCCUCUAGUCUCAGAGAGCUGGACCUGAGUAACAACGACCUGCACAAUUCAGGAGUGGAGCUGGUGUCUCCUGGAUUGAAGAGUCCACACUGUAGACUGGAAACUCUCAGUCUCUCAGGCUGUAUGAUCUCAGAAGAAGGCUGUACUUUUCUGGCCUCAGCUCUGAGCUCCAACCCCUCCCAUUUGAGAGUGCUGGACCUGAGCUACAAUCAUCCAGGAGACUCAGGAGUGAAGCUGCUUUCUACUUUACUGGAGGAUCCAAACUGGAGACUUGACACUCUCAGGGUGGACCAUGGUGGACCACAGAGACUGAGACCUGGUCUGAGGAAGUAUGUCUGUGAACUGGAACUGGACACAAAGACAGCACACAGAAGACUCAAACUGUCUGACAACAACAGGAAGGUGACACAUGGGAAGGAGGAUCAGCCAUAUCCUGGUCAUCCAGACAGAUUUGACUGGUGGCCUCAGCUGCUGUGUAGAAAUGAUCUGACUGGUCGCUGUUACUGGGAGGUCGAGAGGAGAGGACAGGUUCAUAUAUCAGUGAGUUACAGAGGAAUUAGAAGGAGAGGAGACAGUGAAGACUGUUUGUUUGGAAAGAAUGAUCAGUCCUGGAGUCUGAUCUGCUCUGAUGAACGUGGUUACUCUGUCUGGCACAAUAACAGAAAAACAUACAUCAUCUCCUCCUCUACUAACAGAGUAGCAGUGUAUGUUGAUGUUCCUGCUGGCUCUCUGACCUUCUACACGUUCUCCUCUGACUCACUGAUCCACCUCCACACCUUCAACACCACAUUCACUCAGCAUCUUUAUCCUGGGUUUCUCCUCUGCCCUGUUUCCUCAGUGUGUCUGUGUCCUCUGCAGGACUGAGAGUCUCUCCUGUGGACAGAAACACUGGCUGAAGAUCAGCUGCUGAAAUCAAAGUUCAGUCUGUUCACCAUCACACACACUCUGCACUGUGAAGCAGAUCUGAGACUCAAACACAAAAACAUUCAUCUGAUUUCAUCUCUGGGAUUAUCAACAUCUGAACUGUUGGACUAAAAACACUUCAUGAUAUGGAACAUCUAAAAAAUAAUUGGUUACUAUUAUGUCCUUUUAUUUUGAAUCACAUUGUAAUAUAUUUAAAAUUUGGAAAACCAAUAUUUCUAUAAACAAUCAUCAUAUAGUCUAAUGUUUCUAAAUGCUUUUAAUAAAAUCUAUACUUUUCAUCUUGAGGGCGAUCAUUUGUUCAUUUGAUCAUAUCAUGAUUUCAUUCAUCAGUUGACUCUCUUUACUGAGAUUGAUACAACCCCCCCCCCCCCAUAAUCAAAAACUAUGUAACUCAGUGCAGCCUACUCCAAAAACCUAUUAUGUUUCCUUUACAUACAUAAAUACAUUUGAAUCAUAAAUGAAUGCAGAAAAGUCACAAAUUGUUGCAAAGAAAUAAACCAGAAUGCAGAAAAUGAAGUGGUUGAUGUUCAAAAUCCCCUCAUAAUUAUGACUUUCCAUGAGUAUUUUAUUAAUGUUCCUAACACUUGAUUCAUUCUGUGUUGUUGUUAGUUUUCUCCUGUUGGUGUCUUUCAGACUUUUGCUCAACUUGUUCAUCAGUGUUGUUCAUUUAAGCGCUAAAAGAGCCUGUUCAUUAAACCUUUUCAGACUGAAGGCUUUCAAAA